AUGGAAUCUAAUUCCUUUCGUUUACCGUCAAUCCAGCAGGCUAAGGAUCUGCCCUAUUUCACUCCCGCCAACAAUGCCGGAGCAGCUAUAAACCCCCACCUCAACACUCCAACACUUUUCCAGCCUUUACGAAUUCGAGAUCUCAUACUCAAGAACCGCGUAAUAGUGGCGCCCAUGUGCACAUACUCCGCCGAGUCAAACCCAACCUCUCCAGCUGUAGGCGCGCUCACCGACUUUCACAUAGCGCACUUGGGUCAUUUGGCCACAAAGGGUGUCGGUCUGAUAUUGAUUGAAGCAACAUCAGUUCAACCCAAUGGUCGCAUCUCACCCAAUGAUUCUGGUCUUUGGCAGAACGGGACGGAGUCUGAACAGUUCAAAGGUCUCCGCCGCGUGGUGAAUUUCGCACAUAGUCAAGGGGCCAAAAUCGGGGUGCAGCUCGCUCACGCUGGCCGGAAGGCGAGCACGGUGGCGCCAUGGCUCGCAGCCCAGGCAAAGCAACGCGGCAUCAAAGCCGAUGAAAGUGUUGGUGGCUGGCCAUCAAAUGUGGUUGGCCCCUCUGGCGGAGAAGAGCAAAUUUGGGCUCCUGGUGAUCAAUUCUGGGCCCCUCGCGAGCUUGAAACCGCCGAAGUAGAAGAACUCGUUCAGGCUUUUGGACGAAGUGCAAAGCUCGCCGUACAAGCAGGAGUGGAUGUAAUUGAGAUCCAUGCUGCUCAUGGAUACCUGCUUCAUCAAUUCCUCAGCCCUGUCACAAAUCGACGAACCGACAAAUAUGGUGGCAGUUUUGAGAACCGAACUCGGGUCUUGUGCGAGGUUGCCGCUGCAAUCCGUGCCGUUAUUCCGAAUGGAAUGCCCUUAUUCCUUCGUAUCAGUGCGACAGAUUGGCUCGAGAAUCAAAGCGUGGCAGAAGGUACUGGAAGCUGGGACAUGCCAUCCUCAAUCCAACUUGCCAAAAUGUUACCAGACCUAGGGAUCGAUUUUCUAGAUGUUAGCUCAGGUGGUAAUCACAAAAGCCAGCGCAUUGAGCCUCAUACAAACUAUCAGAUUGACCUUGCUGGCCAGAUUCGUCAAGAAAUUCACGCCGUCAACCAUACGACGCUGGUCGGAGCUGUUGGCUUUAUCACCGAGCCCGAGUCCGCUCGAGAUAUUGUUCAGGGCGCAGAAAAAGAGGCACAGGUGGCCGAAGCAAUGUUGUCUGGACCAAAGCCUCAAGCUGAUGCUGUGUUAAUGGCCCGACAAUUUUUGCGCGAGCCCGAAUGGGUGCUCACGGCGGCCAAGGAACUGGAUGUGAAGAUAUCUCUCCCGUGGCAGUUUGCCCGAGGCUUAUUGUAA